GAUCUAUAAAUUAUUAUCAUUACAAUAAUAUUCACACCAGACGGCAGCAGAUACGUAGCAACACGCCUUCUACCAACCGUCCUGAGUCCGGUGGUCGAUGGGUACCGCCAUGGAAUUUUCUCUUAAUAAUUGACGGUCACUUUGCCUUCAUCCUUGCUAGUUAUCUGAUCUGAUUGAACUUCUUGAUCGUCCGACCGGGAUCCAUAGAAGGUUGGAGUUCAGAGUUUGCUUUCGAAGGGCGAGUGCAAUGUCAACUGCUGCACGAAAGAGGCUGAUGAGGGAUUUCAAGAGGUUACAGCAAGACCCUCCUGCCGGCAUUAGCGGAGCACCUGAAGACAAUAAUAUAAUGAUGUGGAAUGCUGUGAUAUUUGGUCCGGAUGACACUCCAUGGGAUGGAGGUACGUUUAAAAUGGCGCUACAUUUUUCGGAGGAGUAUCCAAAUAAGCCACCGGUGGUGCGGUUUGUUUCUCGUAUGUUCCACCCGAACAUUUAUGCUGAUGGAAGCAUCUGUUUGGACAUUUUACAAAAUCAAUGGAGUCCUAUCUAUGAUGUUGCUGCUAUUCUAACCUCCAUCCAGUCAUUGCUGUGUGACCCAAACCCAAAUUCGCCUGCGAAUUCAGAAGCUGCACGGAUGUUUAGCGAGAUGAAACGUGAGUACAAUAGGAGAGUACGGGAGGUUGUUGAACAGAGCUGGACCGCCGACUAAACAAUUCUUGAAGUCGUCGUUCGCGUGAGUCUUUAUCCCGGAUUCUUUGCAAAAAAACACUUUCGGAUUUCUGAUAGAACUCAUUGCCUAUUUUAUGCGUGUCUUGGUUGGUUUGCAUUCUUCAACAAUGAAUGAUUCAGAUACUUAUUGGAUUUCUGUCAGUCAGCAUCAUCUGUGUCUUUUUAA